AUGAAUUUAGAAGGUUCAUCCAUUUCAAUUGCGCUUCCAGUAUUUGAUGGUCAAAAUUAUCACCUCUGGGCUGUUAGAAUGGAAGCCUAUUUUGAUGCAAGUGACCUUUGGGAAGCUGUUGAACAAGAAUACGAAAUUCCAACCCUUCCUAAUAAUCCUACUAUGGCUCAAAUCAGAAACCACAAAGAGAAGAAGCAGAGAAAAUCAAAAGCAAGAGCGACCUUAUUUGCUUCUGAGUACGAGGGAAAUGAGAAGGUUAAAGGGAUGCAAGUGUUGAAUCUGAUUCGAGAAUUUGAGAUGCAAAGGAUGAAGGAAUCAGAAACAAUUCAGGAAUACUCCAACAGGCUUCUUGGUAUAGUCAACAAUGUAAGACUUCUUGGUACUGAUUUUUCAGAUUCUAGAAUUGUUCAAAAAAUUUUAGUUACAAUUCCUGAAAAGUUUGAAGCCACAAUUGCAUCUCUGGAGAACUCAAAGGAUAUGUCAAGUAUUUCCUUGGCAGAACUAUUAAAUGCUUUGCAGGCACAGGAACAGAGAAGAAAAACGAGACAAGAAGAUGAGGUACAAGGUGCUUUUCAUAUAAAAACACAAAACUCAGAAGGAGGCAAAGAUAAGAAUAACAACAAAUGGAAGAGUGAGAGGGGCGAAGGCUCCAACAAGCAGCAAUACGAGACUUUCCCACCUUGUCCACACUGCAAAAAAAACAAAUCACCCUCAAAGAAAAUGUUGGUGGAGGCCAGAUGUCGAGUGUAG